GCCUAGUUACGUUGAUCAUGCAUGUAUAAUUACUUAACAUCCAUUAUAUAUCUUAUUAUUAUUUAUAACUAUUCUGCCUUUGGGCUGUUAUAAAUUGUUCAUGAACUUAUAAAUUAUUGGAAUGUUUUGAAUGAUCUCAAUGCAUGGCCGGAUACCAAGGUUGUAAUUUAAGUUGUAUAACAGAAGCUCUUCUGAGAUUUCAAAUAGAUUGAAAUGUGACAACAGUUCGACUUUGGGUGAGUAUUGCUUGAUACGUUUUAAAAAUUAACUCUAUAUAAGUCUUAAAAUUAAUUACAACGCGUUAAGAAUUUCCUUACAAUCAAUUUCAUUAAUUCGGUCGUUUGGAGCAGAUGACACGUAUAAACAUUCCUGUUACAGCGUUGUCUUUUAAUUUAAACAUUAAAAGACAACAUCAUCAUCAUCAUUAUUUUUUGUCUUUUAACAAAAUCUCAUUAGGGCCAUUUAUACGGAACAAAAUAAGUCGCGACUUAUAUAAGACGCGACUUAAAUAAGCGGAGUUAUCGCAUAAAUGGUUCUCUACGGCUUUGGUCUUAUUUAUUUGCUAUAGCUAUCAUGUUGUUUUGGUUGUUUUUGUUUUAAUAUGCAAGGCUAAUAAUUUUACGUUGUUUCAAGUUUCUGGCAUGUUUAGUCAGACUUUUUGCCCAAAAUUACUUAUUUAAGACGCGACUUAAAUAAGAACAGCUAAAAGACCUGUUCUUAUGUAAGACGCGUCUUAUCCAAGACGCGUCUUACAUAAGAAUUUUGUACCUUUUAUACGACAAACUCGCGUCUUACUUAAGUCGCGUCUUAUGUAAGUCGCGUCUUAUUUUGUUCCGUAUAAAUGGCCCUAAUGUGCCUAUGGAUGAACUUGAUCCUCAUGCUUUAACUGUUUCAUUACACUUGAUCUUGGCAUAACCAACUAUCGCAGUUUUAAUUUAAACAAUCGGUCAAGUGCCUUAUGUUCAUAUAAACUCAGUAUAGUUGAAAAUAUAUUAUUAAGUAGUGUACCCACAGGGUGGUGAAUGCUGCCUUGGUAUAGCAUGCAUUGGUAUUAGUAGUGUACCCAAAUCUUUAAUAUUUUAAAGAACAAGGAUAAGAAAUAUUUGUAAUGAAUUGGAAUCAUCCAUAAUUUGUACAUCAACAUUUUUAAAAACGUACCACAAUAACAGGCACGUCUCACUAAAUUUGCGUGUUUAAUAAUAAUGUUUAUCAAAGAAGGCAAUAAUAUAUAAAAUAAAACAACCUCACAUGUGAAAUUUGUUCACUUACGCACUGCCUUGUGAUGCAGCACAAGUAUAAAUUCAAAUGACAAAGAAUUUUUAUCCUAAAACAUAAUUAAUUAAGUUGAUCACACGGCACAGCAUUCAAGAUUUUUGCUGCCGAGCGCAGCGCAGUGAGCUCCAUAUAUAUCUGGAGUAGGAACUUGGUUGCUCAAAGUGAAGCCAGUUUCGUGUUAACCGUGCAUACAAAAACAAUAGAAAGGGACUGGAACUGACGUCCAACAGCUCCUUCAAUUUCCGCCAUCUUGGCAAGGAGUGUGUUGAAAUUUCGUAUUUUGACUUCGAUUUAAAGAAUAAUAUUGUGAUUUUAUGAACUGAAAACUUGAUUAGUGAUAUGGUCCAUCAGAAAGUGAUAUGGUCCAUCUGGAAUUAGCUGGGGAAAAUGGUAUAAAAACUGUUUACGACCUUCAGAGCUAUUGGACGUCAAUGGCCGCCAUCUUGGAUUUUUUUGGCUUCACUUGGCCUAUUGCCAAAACAUCAGAAGUUCCUACUCCAGAUAUAUAUAUAUAGAGCUCACUGGCGCAGCGAGGCAGCACCACUGAGCUAUAAUAUUACUGGAGGACGUGCUCGGCAUAAAAAGUGUCGCCAAAAAUAUGGCGGAUUUCAGCCUUUGCUGACGCCAGAAUGACGCCAUCUGGUUAAUCUGGUUCCUUUUGCUCAUACAAUUACCACUGGACAAGGCUCAAUUUUGAGCCAGCUACUGCGCUACAAUUUCCACUCCUCCUGGUUUUUGAAAAAAUAUUUUGUUUUUGCAGUCGUAGAUUUGGAUUUUUGACAUAAUAUUUGGACUUCGACUAUUUUUUUUCAAAGAUAUGUGCAGUUUGUACAAGUUAUCCUUGUUCGCUAAAGACAAUAAACCUAGAGAAAUAUCGGCAAAGACGAUAUUUGAACCCUGUUGAGACGAGCUGACAGCCUGACGGGUAAAUAAUAUUUCACAGUUCAGUGAGUUCACAUUCUCGAGAACCUGAGUACUGUAAAUAUUAUUGGUGGGAUAUUAUUGUCUUAUUGGUGGGAUAUGAUUAUAUUUAAAUAUGAUGCUUAAUGCUUUAUUUUAGCCAGGAGUAUUUAAAGUUUUGGUUGUAGAAAAUACGUCGACUUUAUAAUAUAGUUUCAUUUAUUUUUAUUAAUUUUUUAUCACGGCUGGUCAGGUGGCUCCCAGAUUUUGGGUGCUGAAAUAAAUUGCUAUUUAGGGAGGGUGGUUAAGAAUGAUUUGUUACGUAUUGAAAUUGUUACCUCCGCCAGGAAGUUAUAUAAUCAUCUGGGUUUGUAUGUGUGUAUGUACGUAUGUGUGUAUGUAUGUAUGUAUGUAUGUAUGUAUGUAUGUAUGUAUGUAUGUAUGUGUGUAUGUAUGUACGUAUGUGUGUAUGUAUGUAUGUAUGUACUGUACAUGCUAAAUAAAUACCGGAAACAUCUGCAUAUUGGACAAAAAAACCAAUUAAUGGCACUUGUUUACCAAGUGGAAAAUACAGUAGACUAUUAUUACUUGAACAGAAUAUGAAAACUUGCAACAAACUAAUCAUAUCACGUUAAAAGACAUAUGUUUGUUCUUCCUAAUUGUGUUCUUCUGGACGUUUUGACAAGUGAAGACGGUUUAAAACAUUGGUACCAACAAUCACAUGUGUAAAUAUGAAAAUCCGAAGUACACUUUACAGUUUAUAGUAAUUAUUGCAUUAUUAAACAAAAUAAAUUAAUACAUACAGUGUAUCUAUAAGGCAAUAUAAAUAAAUGAAGUUUUUUGGUAUAAUCAAACCCAGGACUUUGGGUCGUAAGGCAGCACAUCCUUUGCGAUAGUAACGUCUAGUUACGUCGUAUUUCAGCCGCGUUUAUACUGCUUGGCGCAUUCGCUGCGUUAUACAUUUAUAUACACAGAUUUAUUACUAAUAAAUCAACACUAUAAUGUGUAAUAAUAUAGAACUCACAAAGUGCAGUCAGCUUUUUCAAUAAAUAAACCUUUUUAAAGCAUGACAUUGUCAUUUGCAGACCAGAGGCAAAAAGCACAUCCACAUACCAAAUUUAAGCAAUCGUGAAAUCAUAUACAUGGAAAGGAUAUGGAAAUAAUGUUGAAAGCACCGCGUAUUAUGGUGAAAGCACCGCGCGUAUAAUGCUCGAACCACCGCGUAUAAUGGUUGAUAAUAGAGACCUUACGAUUUUAGAACGGCAACGCGACGGCAACGGCUACCAAUACAAUAGAUCAUUGAAAAGAAUUGAGUAAUUACAAUAUAUGAAUAAUUUAGACAUUGUCCUCGCUCUGUUAACAACGCCACAUCACAGAUUUUCACGUCUUGAUACGACGGCUGCAUUCCAAGCCACUGACAAGUGCAACUUCGAACUGGGUAUAGCAGAACUCUUCCCAACCAUAAAACCCAUGUGUUCAACUUAUAAAACUGUAUUAGAUUCAUACGAUUGAUAAUAUACGACGAAUUAUCUUUACUACCAUUUAUUUGAAGGAGUUUGUUUUGGCCGUCGCGUUGCCGUCCUCAAAUCGUAGGGUCUCUAUAAUGACGAAAGCACCGCGUAUAAUUGCCGAAAGCACCGCCAUAUAAUGCAUGUGACAUUGUCCACGUCACAAUACUACAUACCUCUCUUCUUUUUAGUAAAGAACAUCUAUAAUUAACCUGUGCCCAUCCCAUGUCUUAUUGAAAGCAAAUAUUGAAUGUACAUAUAGUAUUUAUAUAGCUCAGUGCUAAAUCUAAGGGCGCCCGGCCUGCCUGUUGCGGGCUGGUUGCAGGCUGACGAUUUAGCACUGAACUAUAUAAAUACUAUAUGUACAUUCAAUAUUUGCUUUCAAUAAGACGUGAACUAUUUAUAAAAUUCCGGACUCCCUCUGUUCCGAGUGGGAUAUCUCGCGGGAGUCGUUCCAUGUUUUAGGCUGAUCAUGAACAUCAUCAAAAUCAUGGAUGCUUUGAUCUUGCGGUUCCUCAUUUGGCUUCGGAAUUCAUUUAAAUGUUGAAACGUUUCUUGUAAUCUUGCAGUUAAUGUUAUCUUCACUAGUUACAUGUCUACGCCACAAUACUACACUACCUUUGUAGUAGGACUUAUAGGCUAAGUUAAACGCUUCGCUUGUCAUUUAAUUGCUGACCCUGGCCCAUUGUUUCGGCUACUAUUUUUAUCAGGUUCCGCGCGUUCCUAGAAAUUUCCAAAAUCUAUUAAACGUUUUAUUUCAUUUAUUUGACAGUAGUAAUAGGGCCAUUAAUCAUUUAUUUUGAAAAUAUCUAAAAUACGUAAUUCUUUGAGUAGGUUCUGUAUGUUCCGAGUAAGAUCUAAAAGUUAUCAAACGCACAAUUUUUUUAUGAAUAUUCAAUAUUUUUUGAAUUCGGGUUUUGUAGGUAUUACCCCAAAUCAAGUUGCCAUAAAUAAGAUAUGGAUACACUAUUAUGUGUAAUAAAUUAGCUUCAGUGAAUUUCUAUUUAUCAAGUGUCUUAGUUUUGCUAUUAUUCCCGAGGCACUUGUGAUUUUCUUUGAUACCUCAGUUAUAUGGUUAUUCCAAGUCAAAUACUCAUCAAUUGUUAUACCAAGAAAGGUCAGGUUGUGCAUUUAACAUGUUCUAUGUUUACAUUAUUUACGCUAACUUUUACAUCUUGUUUUAAUUUCUUAUUUGUAGAUCUGAAUAUAAUAUAUUUAGUUUUUUUAAUAUUUAGAGAUAGUUUAUUUGCAAGCCGCGGCUAAAAUAAGCCCAGACAUGAAAGCUAGGCCUCAAUAAGCCGCGGCUUAUUGCAAAUUGACUGUUCAUACGAGUUGUUCGCGACUUAUUUAAGCCGCGGUUUAUUUUCGCUCGUAUAAAUGGCCCUAAUGGUAGUAAACUGGCCAUACUUCGAGUUCUGCUAGCACAACAGCUGAGCUGUAUUUAAUCACGUUGAGUUCUUCAAUCCAUAUACGUACGGGAACGAAAUAUUAGAAGUGUUGAAAGAAAUUUGCCCCACUUUUUUUCAUUUUGCCCGACUUAUCAAUAUAAAAGGUUUUCAGUGCAAAAAGCCCAUGCUUAUUGCCGACCUGUAGGGGGGGGGGGAGUUGGGAAUCAUCUAACGGUGAUUUAAAGAUUGCUGUAUUAUAUUUAUUGUCGCAUUUCCUAGAUUUUUAGAAUAUUAAUGUCGCAAACUACAGUCUACAGAGUUGCCCGCUAUCACAGAAUAGACUAUACAGAAGCCCGACUUCUUGGUUUUUCCUAUGAUUUUCCAAUGAUUUUGGCGUAACCUACCCUGGAUUCCAGAGCCUUCGACAGUAAAUAAUAAAUUGAAAUGUCGCGAAGGCUCUGGUUCAACGGGGCGAUUCUUUGAUUAAGCCGCGCCAAUCACAAAACAUAAUUAGUGGUUUUAGUACAGAAUCUGUACUAAAACCACUAAUUAUGUUUUGUGAUUGGCGCGGCUUAAUCAAAGAAUCGCCCCGUUGAACCAGAGCCUUCGCGACAUUUCAAUUUAUUAUUUACUGUCGAAGGCUCUGGAAUCCAGGGUAGGCGUAACCGUAAUUCGUCAUCAAAAUGCUGACGCCAUGGGCCUGGCUAGGCCCAUGGCGUCAGCAUUUUGAUGCCGAUGAAUCAUGGCGUGGUAGCGGUUACACGAGUCGACCUUCUGUAUGUCUUUAUUCUGUGCCGCUAUCACAAGCAUUGUAUCAUAUUUUAUUCAAUAUUUUUUAGAAACGAGCUGACCCAAAUAACUCAAUUCUCCUCAAGUAUGCGUCCGCAUUACACUAAAUUAGCAUUGUUUUCGAUCUUAUUGGUGACUUUUGUGUUCGUGUGUUGGAACAUAUUUCUGAGCUAUGAUACCACAAUUCUGCCAGUUCUUCAAGAGAGCGUUAACGCUUAUGGAAAUGUUUUGUUGAACAAUUUCGCUGCUCGUCAUGAUGACACCAUCACUUCUUCAAUACAAAGAGCACAACAAAACCCUAUAUCUAUUUCGCUUUUCAUAAGGAUGUCAACGAAACGAAAACACCUCAUUCGAUUUUAUUGUAACAUGUUGAAGACAGUGGUUCUCUUUUGGCCUCCGUCGCUAGGUAAAAUGGUAAUUGUGCUUGACCAGGAGUCAGAGGGGGAUCAUAGAUUUGCAGCACAACUCGGCAAUCAGACCCGUGAACACUUUCCCAGCUAUAUUUUUGAUGUGCGAUAUGAGCCAUUGCCGAGAGAUGGAACUGUUUUAGAUUUCCCUGGUAAACGAAAUCCUCCUGGCUAUAACCGACAGUUAUGGAGCAGUUUUUUUAUUGAUCUUUACACAAAUGAUGACAUCAUAGCAUGGCUAGAUACCGACUCCCCUUUCCUGUUGCCAGUUACAAUGCCAACCAUCAUGCCCAACGGAAAGGUUAAAAUACUGGGCUCUACUUGCACAAAGGACCCCUCGUGGGUGAAGUCUUGGGCAGCAGUCACCGAAAAAGCUAUAGGAUUUCCGAUGGUGGCCGAUUUUAUGACAUAUUUUCCAGCGUACAUCUACCGCGACACUUUCACUCGUUGCAGGGAGCACAUACUCAAGAGAUUCGACACUGACAACUUUGAAGAAGCGUUCAAGAAAUUCUACCAUACGGGAACAGGUUACAUUUGCCCUGUCUGCGUUGUCAUAAGCUACGCCUGGUAUUUCGAGAAGGAUCGAUACAAUUGGAACAUACAGACUUGCGGCGAUGUGAAUACGUCCAACAAUGGAUUGCCUUCAGGUCAUAAAAUUCAGCCUGAGCAUGUAAAAGAUGUACUAACACAGCCGCAAACGGCUUAUCACGGGCCUUUAAAGGCUGACGACUUUUACGCAAAAGCCAUACCGAUUACUUUCUGUUUGUCGCAGGCAGCCGCUGGAAGGAAACCAGCAAUGUGCGAGAAACAUCCGUCGUCUGAGAUUAACUAUUUAUUAAACCUUUUUAAGGCCGACAUGCAUAGCAUUAGGAAAAAUAUUCCGCAUCCUUGUACUGGAAAUUUCACCAAAAGCUGUUUGGAUAUUUUAGAACGUCACAUUGAAAAAAUCGGAGGAGAAAUUAAAACAAAUUCACGAAGAAUUGAGUGGGAGGAUUUCGAGAAAGUCGACACUCUCGCCCGUGUGGCUGGUGUGACCUGCCCUGCGCAUCCUGUCUAAAAAAACAACACAUAUGAACAUGAACUGCAUGAUGAACUUGUUCGUGAUAUUUUAAACCUUGUGCUUUAUAACAACUUUAUGUAAAUUUUGAAUUUUCAAUACUGUAUUUAUCUAGUACUGUCAUUUGACCUUUGGACAAUUUUCUACCAUGCAUGAUCAUUACUCAUUUUAUUGUCAAACUGGC